AUGAAUUCAAAAAUCAUUCAUCUCUUAACCGCCCUCCUUACAGCCUUUCUACUCUUCCUUGCUGUGGGUUACAAUGGAUGGAUUUGCAAUGGCAACGUAUUCACUGGGGACUGCAGACACAUGGAGUACAUGCGAAUUGUCGGUGGCCUUUUGCUCACCUCCGGUAUCCUCAUUUGUUUGGCCGCUCUCAUAAUUAUCGUCGCCUUAAUCCGCUGUGCCGACUGGAUUGAUUUUGUCGUCGUUUUUGUGGUCAUUCUAUCCACCAUCUUUUCUGCAGCCGGAGUCUUCUACUACUACAACAAUACCCACACCUGGUCUCCCUUCAUAGCGUCAAUUGCAAUGACCAUCUCGUUUGUCCUCACUGCCUUCCUUCUCAUUGAUGUUAUUUCUCAACGAGUCAAGUCCACCUAA